AUGAAUGAUUCAGUGACUUCACUGUCAUCAAUAUCAUCUGAUUCAGUGUCAUCGGAAAGUUCAACAUCUGUAUCUGAUAACUUCUUAACAAUAAACGAGAAUGAUCUAAAUGAGGAUAUAUUGGAAAAAGAAAUUGAAAAAUGCAAUCAAAUGAUAAGAACUACUAAAGAGUGUAGUCAAGAACGGAUGCGACUGGUCAGAAGACUAGUAGAGUUAAGGUUCAAAUUAGAAAUGAUAACAGAAAUAAAGGCUUUAGAAAACAAAAAUCUUCCAAAUGAAACUAAAGUGGUUUUUGGUCAUCAUUUAUCUUUUGUAUUUAAGCCAAAUUGGUUAGAAAAUAAAUUUUGUGAUGUAUGUACAAAAACUAUUUGGAAAUACAUGCAACAGUUGUAUGAAUGUUCAGAUUGUGGAUACUACUGUCAUAUUUUUUGUGUGGAAAAGAUUAAAAGGGUUUGUACUGCAGUUGUUGCUAGUGAACAUUCUAUGAUUCUGACUAUCACUCCAUCUAAUGGAUUGUUAUCCCAAGAUUACAAAUGUGCUGAAUGCCAAUCAUAUAUCCGUAUACGCAACACCAAAAUGUCAUCUGAAGAUAAUCUUUCAUUAGAGGCCCGCUUAUGUGACUAUGAUGGGAAAUAUUACUGUCCUUUACACCAUUGGAAUAAUACCGCUUUAAUACCAGCACGUGUUCUAUGUAAUUGGCAAUUUGAAAAAAAAUGUGUGAGUCAGGCAUCUUUUCAACUACUUAAUUAUAAUUAUAAAUCAAAGAUGUACAAUUUGGAAAAACACAAUCCUAAACUCUAUACAUAUUUAGAGUCACUAAAUCAAAUCAAAAAUAUUAAAAACGUCUUAGUAAAAAUGAAAAAAUACUUGGUUUUGUGCAAAGUUUGGAAUGCUCAAUUAAAAAAUGUAUCCUCUAGAUGUCAUGAAUUGCUAUAUGAUAGUAUUUUGUAUAGCAUGAAAGAUAUGGUUGAAAUAAAAUCAGGACUUUUUUUAGAGGAUUUACAGGGAGUAAAAGAUGUCUGUGAAAAACAUAUUCGAUAUGAAUGCGAAAUUUGUAAAAAUCAAGGAUAUAUUUGUGAGCUUUGUCAAAAGGACACAAUAAUAUUCCCAUUCGAUGAAGAUGCACAUAGCUGUGUUAAAUGUGAUAAUGCUUAUCACUACCAAUGUUGGAAAAAUAGAGAUUUCUGCCCUAAAUGUAAAAGAAUUAAAGAACGGUCUAAACUUCAAGAAGUAUAA